AUGCCAAAUCUUACAUCUAACUCUGGGUUCCUACUUCUGGAAUUUUCUCAAGUUCAAGAGUUACAGAUCUUACACUUCUCCCUAUUUCUAGCCGUAUACCUGAUCACCCUGCUGGGGAAUCUUUUCACCAUCAUUUUGAUUACCCUUGACCAUCAUCUGCACACACCAAUGUACUUCUUCUUAAUGAACUUAGCAAUGAUUGAUAUAGGUUCCAUUUCAGCUAUUGUACCCAGAUCCAUGCUGAAUUCACUCAUGAACAAGAGUUUCAUUUCUUAUUCUGAAUGUGCCAUUCAAGUUUUCCUUUUCUUUUUCUUUGAUUCAUCUGAAAUCUUUCUCUUAACAGUAAUGGCAUAUGACCGUCAUGUUGCUAUUUGCAAUCCAUUACAAUAUGAAGCAAUAAUGAACAAUGGAGCCUGCAUUGAAAUGGCAGUCAUUGUGUGGGUAGCUGGUUUUCUUCAUGGCAUAUUGCACACCAGUGGCACAUUUUCAACAACUUUCUGUUCCAAUAAAGUUGACCAAUUUUUCUGUGAAAUCCCCAAGCUACUGAAACUUUCUUGCUCUGACCUAUACCUAGUGGAAGCUGUUCUUCUCGUAGUGAGUUCUAGCCUAGGGAUGGGAUGCUGUAUCUUCAUCGUUACAAGUUAUGUAUGGAUCUUCAGAGCUGUACUUCAAAUCCCUUCUGUACAGGGACGGCAAAAGGCCCUCUCCACGUGCCUUCCACACCUCAUUGUUGUCUCGCUGCUCGUUUGCAUUGCUGUUUUUGUUUAUGCCAGACCUCCCAGCAAUAGUUCAUCUGAUUUAGACUUAGCUCUUGCCAUGAUGUAUGUGAUUAUUCCUCCUAUGAUGAAUCCAUUCAUCUACAGCAUUAGAAAUAAAGAAUUUCAGAAUGCCUUGUGUAAGUUCUUAAAUC